AUGCGAUGGGUUGCUACAGACUUUGUUUGAUAUCCGUUUCCCCAAUAAUAAUCAGGCGUUUGGACAUGGAAUGCAUCACAGUCCUGUGCUUUGGUUCCAGGUUCAAUUUCACUUGCUCUAAUUUCCUACAUCAUUAUUAAGAUUUUUCACUUUUGCUGAUUGUGGGAAUGCUCCUGGAGCUGCUGUUUUCAUUUUGGCAUUUUCUAUCAUUACUAAAGCCAGAUAUGAUAAUUUAACCAAAAAGUGCAUCCCUGAGUUGAAACAAUAUGCCCCAGGCGUGCCAAUAGAUCUUGUUCGAACUAGACAUGAGGCCAGAUGUUUGCAUUGAAGCAGCUGCUGCACGUGCUGAAACACUAAGAUUCUAGAAUCUUAUAACAACCCCAGAACUCAAAAAAACAGAAUACCGGUCGUGCAACGGCGAGGUAAUGCAGUGUUGGCGUCUUUCAGGAAAUCACUUGAUGCUACCAAAUCUUGGGCUCAAGAGACACUUCAACUUGAAGGGUUACCAGUCAACAACCCCUGCAAUUAGAAGAGAGGAAUGUUGUGGAUUCUGUCGGUAAUAUGUAUUCAGCCCUUAUAAUGCUCCAUGCCAUUGGAUGCAAAUGGAAAUGCUUGCUGCUGAGUAGUCAACAGCUAGGGGUUUUCAUCCGCUCAAUUGGAGGGAGCAAUGGAGUAAUCUGAUAUUUUACAGGUGCGUUACACUGUUUUUUAUUCUCAGUUUCUCCCUCCUCCAUCUCUUACUUCAAGAUAAAAGCCCAAAAAACUGCUCCGUUGGAGACCCAAAAAAUAGUCUAUUUCAGCUUCCCCACCCCCUAUAAUUGAAGGAUACUGUACAUCUUUUAUUUUUCUUCUUCCUCGUCUUCCACGCUUGCCCCUUCUUUCCCGUCUUCAUUCUCAGCUUCCCCACCCUCUUUUAUUUUUCUUUUUACGCCAUCUGUUCCUUUGAUAAAGCUUUGAGGAGAUUAGAUCUUUAACGAAGAGACUAGGGUUGAUGAUUGAGUUCAUGGAUUUCGUUGUCUGCUCAUUCGAACAAGGAUUCUGAUCAUGGAUAGACAAAUAUAGAACCGGAAGGCAAGCAGAUAAACCCCUGAUAUUUGGAGGAAAUGGUUAGAGAAUCAUUGGUCAGGCUAUCUUUGCUGCCUGCUGCAAAUCCUAUCCGGCACCUUGCAGGCCAGUGCCGGCCACAACUCCAGGUACACACGAAGCAGCCAAUUCCGACCCAUCUGCGCAAACCAUCCAUGCUCCCAUCUGCUGCCAGUCUUUUUCCGACCCAUCUCCGCAAGCACGUCAUUGAUUUCGGGUACUUCCAAAUCCCAAUAUCCUCUCUUUAUUCAAUUAUAUGAAUUUGAGUUAUAAAUUCUGGUUUUUGGUGAUUUUAAGAUUUGUAUUUGUCAUUAUGGGGAGGUAUAGACACCUAUUUCUGCUAUGGAUUCAAACCUUUUUCGAAGGUUUUUUGGGGGUUUGGGAUAUUGACCUCCAAUUUGUUAAUCUUAAUUGUGUCCAUUUCCCUAAAUCAUCUUCUGUAUCUCACUAUCAUGCAUUCUUAUUGCAUUCAUAUUUUAUAAUGAAUUUAGCUAUAUAGU